GAAAGCUUAGUGAAGUUCCCUCACAGGAAGAGAAGUAAUUUUAAAAGGAUUCCAAAUAAAAUACAUAGGACGGCCUCAAAGAAAUUGGCCCUAUCUUGUCAAUGCCUUUUUUAACAUUUCAUGACGCCCAGAGUGAAGAAAUGUCCAACAGCAGCUCCAUCAGCCACUUCCUCCUGCUGGCACUGGCAGAGACGCGGCAGCUGCAGCUCCUGCACUUCUGCCUCUUGCUGGGCAUCUCCCUGGCUGCCCUCCUGGGCAACGGCCUCAUCAUCAGUGCCGUAGCCUGCGGCCACCACCUGCACACGCCCAUGUUCUUCUUCCUGCUCAACCUGGCCCUCAGCGACCUGGGCUCCAUCUGCACCACUGUCCCCAAAGCCAUGCACAAUUCCCUCUGGGACACCAGCACCAUCUCCUACACAGGAUGUGCUGUUCAGCUCUUUUACAUUAUGUUCUUCAUCUCAGCAGAGCUUUCCCUCCUGACCAUCAUGUGCUACGACCGCUACGUGUCCAUCUGCAAACCCCUGCACUACGGGACCCUCCUGGGCAGCAGAGCUUGUGCCCACAUGGCAGCAGCUGCCUGGGCCAGUGCCUUUCUCAAUGCUCUGCUACACACGGCCAAUACAUUUUCCCUGCCCCUGUGCCAUGGCAAUGCUCUGGACCAGUUCUUCUGUGAAAUCCCACAGAUCCUCAAGCUCUCCUGCUCACACUCCAAAUUCAGGAAAGUUGGGCUUAUUGUGUUAAGUGCUCUUCUAUAUUUUGGCUGUUUUGUAUUCAUUGUUUUCUCCUAUGUGCAGAUCUUCAGGGCUGUGCUGAGGAUCCCCUCUGAGCAGGGACAGCACAAAGCCUUUUCCACCUGCCUCCCUCACCUGGCUGUGGUCUCUCUGUUUGCCAGCACAGGGGCAUUUACCUACCUGAAGCCCCCCUCGAUGUCCUCCCCAUCCCUGGAUCUGACCCUGUCAGUUCUGUACUCGGUGGUGCCUCCAGCCCUGAACCCCCUCAUCUACAGCCUGAGGAACCAGGAGCUCAAGGCUGCAGUGUGGAGACUGAUGACUGGAUGGUUUCAGAAACAUUAAACUGCUGGCCAAUUUCUGCCAAUCACUUGUAAUAAAAGUCAUCUUUGAUACUUCU